CAACAAGCACAUCUACUUCAGGUUUCAACUUCCACCUCCCUAAGUCUAUUCGACUGGGGCCACUACCUACUUGUCAUGUAAGUGAGGUUAACUAGCUAGCUAGUAGUGCUAUUAGCUUGUUUCAAGAAAAAAAAUUAAAAAAGAAUAAAAGAAAAGCAUUUCAAUAAGUCAUAUGAGGAUGUCCAUCUCACCUUAGCUUUAUAAUGGCACAAUCUGAAAUGAAUGGAGAAAGCAAAAUCUUAGUGGCACCUUAUAGGCCUGAAAGAGUGGAAAGCUAGUAAAUAAUGGAGCGAGGGAAGAACACAGAAGUUCAUACUGAACCAAGAGAUGCAUACAAAAUUGCGUAUGUAAUCCAUUUCUUACUUGGUGCAGGAAAUUUAAUUCCAUGGAAUGCUUUGAUUACUGCUAUCGAUUAUUUUGGCUCUAUUUAUUCAACCAGACAUGUAGAAAAGGUUUUCUCAGUAGCUUACAUGACUUCAUCUGUUCUGGUCUUAGUGGUGAUGAUAAGUUGGGGUAGUAAUCUGAGCAAAAAACUGACCUUCAGAUUGCGGAUGAACAUUGGAUUUUCCAUGUUUAUUCUCUCUAUAAUGGCAAGUCCGAUUAUAGACUGGGCUUGGUUCAGCAAGCAAUCGAGAGUGAGAUCAGCUACUGACUUCAAUUUAGUAGUUGCCGCAGUCAUAUUCUGUGGUUUGGCUGAUGGCUUAAUAGGGGGAAGUCUGAUAGGAUCUUCGGGAAAUCUACCAAAACAAUACAUGCAAGCAGUUUUUGCUGGAACAGCUUCUUCAGGUGUCCUGGUAUCAAUAUUGCGGAUUAUAACUAAGGCAGCAGUACCACAUUCUCCGCAAGGUCUUAGGACAAGUGCCCACUUCUACUUCAUAUUUAGCACGGUUAUAUUGUUGACCUGCCUUGUUUGUUGCAACCUGCUCCACAAAUUGCCAAUCAUGCAAGAGCAUUACAAAUUUCAACAGUAUAAUCUGCCAUCUACAAGCCCAAAAUUCUGGGAUGUGGUGAGAAUAAUAAGGUGGCCAGCUUUUGGAAUCUUUAUGAUCUAUACAGUUACCUUGUCAAUUUUUCCUGGAUUCUUAGCAGAAAAUGUUCAAUCCAACAUUCUUGGAGAUUGGUAUCCGCUUUUGCUGAUUACAGCAUACAAUGUUUCAGAUUUAGCAGGAAAAUCAUUCACGGCCAUAUAUGUGCUCAAGGGCAUCAGGAAAGCAACAUGGGGUUCAAUCAGCAGGCUGUUAUUUUACCCUCUAUUUACUGUGUGCCUCCACGGAUCUAAGUGGAUGAAAACCGAGGUGCCCGUGAUAUUUCUGACGUUUAUGCUCGGACUAACAAAUGGUUAUUUGACAAGUGUCAUCAUGAUACAGGCUCCUAAAUCAGUGUCACCUUCAGAAGCUGAAGUAGCUGCAGUUGUCAUGGCAUUGUUCUUGGGAUUGGGCUUAGUUGCUGGUUCGGUUGUUGGCUGGUUAUGGAUCAUUUGAACCUAAUUAAUAGGUCUUCAUUCAGUAUGUUAAUCCACAAGAAUUGAAUUACCUACAAAAAGUCAAGAAGUAAACUUCUUUAGUAUUGUCA